AUGAAGGAAGACGUUCUUAGACGCUCAGACGAGGAGAAAGACCUCCAUUCCACCGAAGGGUCGCUCAAUACAGGGGAGGAGAAAGAAGAGCUAGCGCAUAUCCAGUUGACGAAAGGACGAUUCGUACUUGUACUUGUAGGACUGGUCUUAGCUAUUUUCCUCGCUUCCCUAGACUUUACCAUCAUAUCAACAGCCAUCCCCAAGAUCACCGAUGAGUUCAAAAGUCUCCAGGAUAUCGGCUGGUAUGGCUCAGCUUUCUUCAUCACCACGGCUGCGACUACGGCCUUCUGGGGCCGACUGUACACUUUCUUCCCGUUGAAGUGGACGUACCUCAUCUCCAUCUUCUUCUUCGAGUUGGGUAGUGUGAUCUGCGGUGCCGCACCCAGCUCCGUGGCUUUGAUCAUCGGUCGAGCGAUAUGCGGUGUUGGUGCAGCUGGACUAUUCUCCGGCUCGUAUACCAUUAUUGCCGUUCUGGUACCCUCAGCAGAUCGACCCAAGUACAGCGGUUUGAUGGGCGCAGCAUAUGGUCUCGCCAGUGUCGUCGGCCCGUUGAUCGGUGGUGCUUUUACAAGCCAUGUCUCAUGGCGCUGGUGCUUCUACAUCAACCUUCCCGUUGGCGGUGUAUCAUGCCUCUUCAUCCUCUUGUUCUUCGCAAAUGAACCGCCGAAGUCUCGUCCUGACUGGCGUGGCAUGCUUCGCACACUCGAUGUGCCUGGUCUGAUCCUCAUAAUCGGUGCAAUUGUUUGCUUCAUCCUCGCGCUUCAAUGGGGAGGUAUCUCGAAGGCAUGGAACAGUGGUGCUGUGAUUGGCACCCUGGUGGCCUUCGUCGUGUUGAUGACUCUGUUCGUGGUCGAUCAGUGGUGGCUGAGUGAGAACGCCAUGGUUCACAGCCUCAUCAUCCAGAGAAGAACUAUCUGGGUCGGUUCGAUGUUCUCAUUCCUGAUCAAUUCUGCCUUCUUGGUCACGUUCUACUACUUGCCGAUUUACUUCCAAUCCGUCCAGGGUGUCUCAGCAGCGUCAAGUGGUGUUCGCACUGUACCCUUCAUCCUCGCAGUCACCAUCUGCGUCGUGAUCGUUGGCCAGAUCAUCACGAAGACCGGCUACGCAUAUCCGUGGAUGAUUGGAGGAGCGGCCAUCACAACCAUCGGUGCCAGUAUGAUCUACACCUUCGAUGUCGAUUCACCCGCCAAAGUCUGGAUUGGAUACCAGAUCCUCUGCGGUAUCGGUAUCGGUGUGAGCUUCCAAGUCCCUGUCAUGCUUAUUCAGGCGACUACUAAGGAAGUCGAUGUGCCUUUGGCCACAGCCACACUUCUUUUCAUCCAAACCCUCGGUGGCGCUUUUGGAGUCUCGUCUGCCCAAGCUGCGUUCCAGAACACGCUUCUCAAGCAGCUGCCCAUCACAGCGCCAGGUCUUGACCCCCACAUCGUCCUGGAUGCCGGUGCUUCCGAGCUCAAGACUCUGAUUCCAUCGCAGUUCCUCGAGGGAGUGCUUGAGGCCUACGUCGCUGGAUUCCGUGAGUGCCUUAUUGUAGGUAUCGCGUUCGGUGGUGCCGCGUUCCUUGCUGCUUUUGGGUUCCGGUACACAAACAUCAAGAGGACGGCCGCAUUGGAGGCGUAA